AUGGACGACGACGAAGGACAGAUCACGCUCUCCUCGCUCGACGAGCUCUCCAUCCACUCUCACCCUGUCCUCGUCGCGAAAGUGUCCCAGCUCCGCAACAAGGACACCAAAUCGCACGAGUUCAGGCAGCUCACCAAGCAGAUUGCCACCAUCCUCGGACUCGAGGCCAGCCGUAAUCUCGACGUCAAGCCAGUGCCCGGUCUCAGGACACCUAUCGCGCCUUACACAGGCGCCGCCAUUGCUUCUCGCGUCGGAAUCAUGCCCAUCCUCCGCGCCGGCAUAGGCAUGACAGAAGGCAAGCCUGCAUGUCAGCCAGUCAUACCCUCCCACGAGCUGACCGACAACCUCCCAGCCCUCCUUGAUCUCUUCCCAGACGCGCCUGUCUACCAUCUCGGCAUCUACCGUGACCAGAUGACGCUGGACGCUGUAGAGUACUAUCAGAAGCUGCCGCCCGAGCCAGAAGUAGACACCGUUUUCAUCCUCGAUCCCCUCAUCGCGACGGGCGGCACUGCUAUCGCGGCCAUCAACGCCGCAUAUGACUGGGGCGUGCCUAUCUCACACAUCAAGCUCAUCUCUAUCAUCGCCAGCAUGCCCGGUCUAAGACGUGUGUUGAGCGCCUGCCCAGGCAUCGAGAUCCACGUCGCCGCAGUCGACGCCGACCUCGACAAAGGCAUCAUUGUACCCGGACUCGCUGACUGCGGCGACCGCCUCUUUCCCCAGUCUUAUGGCGUGCCCAAGCACCAUUGA